AUGACCUCCCACGACACCUACCCCCUCCAACUCCUCCCCACAACGUCCACCUCUACCCACUCCCUCCGCUCCUCCCUCAAGAAGACCUCCUCCUUCAAAAACCCCUUCGAAACCGCCUCCAUCCUCUCAACCAGCACCCGCUACUCGCAAACCACCCUCCGCGCUCCCCCACCUUACACACCCUUCCACGCCACUACCAGCUUGCAAAUCCAAACCUCUGGGCACGCUUUGCUCGCUUUCCCCAGUCCGCCGAAGCAACUCACUACCGCGGUCUUUGGUUUGGACUCUAACGGGCGCUGCGAUCGCCCUGUCUAUCUCUCUACGCGCGCGGUGAGGAAUUCAGGGAACUGCACCCUGGUCCGCGCCGAAGAUGAGACCGGCGCGCCUCUGGCAGAGACGCGCUACAAGUGGGGACCGUCGUCAGAUCCAGUGGUCUGUAUCGGCGACGAAGAGGUAGUAAUGUCGCGUCCGAAAUGGACAGCUCGCACGAUCCGUUUCAGCUGGGGCGGACGCCGGUACCAGUGGCGCUACGGCUGCAGUUCCGAGAGGCGCGGCGUUGAGGGGGAUAGAGGUGAAGGGUGCAAUUCCCUCCUUUUAUUGGAAUGGGUUGAGGGAGAAGGGAAGGAAGAGGUCAGGACGACGGUGGCGAGGUUUGUGAGGGGGGAGGAGACGAGGACGCCGGGGACGAAGAAGAGUUGUGCGGGGAAUGGGGGGAGGUUGGAGAUGGCGCUUGAUAGGGACGGGGUGGAUACGUUCGCGGAUGGGAUUGGGGAGGAGGUGGUGGUGGCGACGCUGUUGGUGAUGUUGAAGAAGGAGGUUGAUCGACGGAGGGGGGCGCAGAUUGCGGUUAUUGGAGGACCGGUGCCGUGUCAGGUUCUAGCGUUUGCGAGGGAGAAGUAG